ACUCAUCAGAUUAAACACCGUCUUCCUUCUCUCUCCUCUUUUGUAAUAAUCUUUUUUCCUCUAUUUCGCCAUUUCCCCUCUUUUAUCUUUCUCCUCCUUUCAGCUCCAACCCAGAUUUUUCUCGGAAAAUAAAAAAAAAAAUCACAAAAAAAAUUCAAGAUUUUAUUUCCCCCUGAAUUAUCGCAGCUCAAAUAAAUCGGAUUACAGAGAAAAAAGAGGGGGAGAAAAUCUAGGGUUGGGUUAUCGAACAUAGAUUAUAGCCGUUGGAUCGAGCUUGGAUCCGGUUCAAGGGUGAUCGGAGGGUCCAGUUUUGACUUCAUUAGUCAACGGAUCCGACGUCGUCUCUGCAGAUCGGUGAUUUAAUUCCCUCGGUAUCUAUAGUUUGUUUAGAAGGGCGAGAAAGAGAAGGGUGAUUUGGUUUAGGAGAGAGAAAAAUGGCUCUAAGGAAAGCAGUGGGGCAACUGAAGGACCAAACUAGUAUUGGUCUUGCGAAGGUGUCGAGUGACAUGGCGCCUGAGCUUGAGGUCGCCAUUGUCAAGGCUACGAGCCAUGAAAAUGAUCCGGCGGAUGAGAAGUACAUUAGGAGGAUUCUGACAUUUACGUCGUACAAUCGUAUGUAUGUGAAUUCCUGUAUAACUUCUAUCUCGAGGAGGCUUGGUAAGACAAGGGAUUGGGUUGUUGCUUUGAAGGCAUUGAUGUUGGUCCAUAGGCUGAUGAAUGAUGGGGACCCUGUUUUCCAGCAGGAGAUCUUGUAUGCAACUCGAAGGGGGACUAGGUUGUUGAAUAUGUCGGAUUUUAGGGAUGAAGCUCAUUCGAAUUCGUGGGAUCAUUCGGCUUUUGUGCGGACUUUUGCUUUGUACUUGGAUCAGAGGUUGGAAUUGAUGUUGUUUGAGAGGAAGCAAGGUGGAAAGGAAACCAAUGGUGGGGGAAGUGGUCAUGGUGGGGAGAUUGUCAGGUAUGAGCCAAGGGAUGAAAAAUUCAGGUCCCCACCGAGUCGGUUUGAUUAUGAUUAUGGGGAGUUUAAGGAUGAGCCUAAGAUGAGGAGGACUAGGUCAUUUGGGGAUGUUGGUGAAUCAAACGGCCGGGAGGAAGAUAAGGCUGUCACUCCAUUGAGGGAUUGGAUUCCCGAGAGGAUUUUUGCAAAGAUGAGUCACCUGCAGAGGCUUUUGGAUCGUUUCUUAGCAUGUCGGCCUACUGGAAUGGCAAAGAAUAGCAGGAUGAUACUCGUUGCAUUAUACCCAGUUGUGAGGGAAAGUUUCAAGCUUUAUGCUGAUAUAUGCGAGGUUCUAGCUGUUUUGCUGGACAAAUUCUUUGACAUGGAGAAUUCAGAUUGUGUCAAGGCUUUUGAGGCUUAUGCUAGUGCUGCAAAGCAGAUUGACGAGCUUGUGGCCUUUUACAACUGGUGCAAGGACACUGGUGUAGCAAGGUCGUCAGAGUUCCCCGAAGUGCAAAAGAUUACUGAUAAACUCCUUGAAACCUUAGAGGAGUUCGUGAGGGACAGAACCAAGAGAUCAAAGAGUCCCGAGAGAAAACCAGAGCCAGAACCAGCACCCAAAGAGGAGGAACCGGUUCCUGAUAUGAAUGAAAUAAAAGCAUUACCUGCACCAGAGGAGCCCACCCCUCCACCACCCCCACCAGCACCGGAACCUGAACCAAAGCAGCAGAUAACUGGUGACUUGGUUGAUCUAAGGGAAGAUGGAGAAACUGCAGAUUCUCAUGGUAAUAAGUUUGCGUUAGCUUUGUUCGCUGGAGGUGCUGAGAAUGGGAAUGGGUCAUGGCAAGCAUUUGACAGUAAAGAAGGAGUAACUUCCGCGUGGCAGAACCCAGCUGCUGAACCAGGGAAGGCAGAUUGGGAGCUAGCAUUGGUGGAAACAGCUAGCAACCUCACACACCAGAAGGCAGCUAUGGGUGGUGGAUUAGAUCCCUUACUCUUGAAUGGUAUGUAUGAUUCAGGAGUUGUAAGGCAACAUGUGACUGCUACUCAGGUGAGUGGAAGUGCCAGUAGUGUUGCAGGGCCUGGAAAAAACACAACACCAGUUUUGGCACUCCCUGCUCCUGACGGUUCAGUUCAAACGGUGGGUGGAGACCCGUUUGCUGCUUCUUUGAGUGUUGCACCCCCUGCAUAUGUACAAAUGGCUGACAUGGAGAAGAAACAGCACUUGCUUGUGCAAGAGCAGGUUGUAUGGCAACAAUAUGCCAAUAGUGGUAUGCAUGGUCAAGCUACUUUGGCUAAGAUAGGCGGUCCUGCCUAUUAUACUCCGGGAUCUACCUCGAUGAUGCCCGCUGGUGGUCCAAUGAUGCCAUAUGGUCAAUACGGAAUGCCACAAGUAAACGGGAUGAUGCCUCCACCUAAUGGCUAUUACUACAACCCGGUCUGAUUUUUGUGCCUAUACAUGUGUAGCUGACCCUUUUUUUUUCUUUUUCGUUUGUUUUUUCGUUUUGUUUUUGUGAUUCGUAUGUUGAAAGUAUCACUUGUUUGUGAUCCUAUGUACUCUUCUCCAUGGGUAAGAGCCGGACGGGAACGAGGGAGGGUAUUCAAGCAGAAUGAUUCGAGAUUCCUUAGGGCGGAGGUUGAUUCCGGGAGAGGCAUUGUCUUGUAGUAUCGCGCCUCUGCUUUGUACUAUUAAAAUUUUCAUGGAUGUACAAUACGUGUGCACAACACUGUAUCCAUCGAGUUGUAGAGUGAUACUCCGUAGAAUUUUCAUCUUCUUGGCGAGCAAUGUAGAAUUUUAUCCCAUAUUUGGCAAUAAAAUUGUAGUAAUUCAAGAA